AUGGCAAUGUGGUGCCGCACGGCCCUUGUUGUAGCGCUACUGACGACGUGGGCAAGCAGUUUGGACGCGCCAUCGAAUCUGGUGGUCGUGGGAGGAUUUCCGGCAUGCGGCAUACCACAGAUCUACAGCCUUCUGGAAUCGCAUCCGAACAUCGUCACCUUUUCAAUUCAGAUAGGUGCACUGCCCAACCUGCAGACGGAGUUUGCGGAGUCAGUCUUCGCCCUGGCAAAAGCGCUGCAAGUCCCUACAAACCAUUCCCUAACAACAGUUUGCGAGCAGUUCAAGUCUCAAGCGCCGACCUUCAGAGAAUGCGGUCGUCUCGUGCAGACGAUCAGGGGUUGGUACAACACGUCCAUGCCAGCGACGCUGGUCGUCACCGACCCCUCCUUCUUUGACAAGCAGAUGCUUGCAUCACGCUGGCCGGGGAAAGUCAAGCUGCUCUUCGCGGUGCGGGAGCCGGCGGACUUCUUAUGGGCAGCCUACAACAUGAAGACUCACGUCCGCAGCCCUGAGCUUUUCGACGAGUUGGUCUUGGCUGACGGCCAGAAAGAGGCCUGGGCACCCAGGGCCAACAAGAUCACUGGCCAGUGGUUCGACCAGAUCAAAACCGUGAAGGACGUCUCCGCGAACCUCCUCUUCUUGAAGCUGACAGCGUAUCAGAUCUCUGGGUGGAGGCCCAUGCUGUGCAAGACGAGGCGCUUCAUCUACUCCAAGACGCGAGAUGUUUGCGAAGAGUUGGAUUCCUUCGGGGUUCACUACAGUGCCUGCCUGGGAGAGCCCGACGAAUGUGUGGACCCCGAGCCCGGACCAUCGAAUCUGGUGGUUAUCGGAGGAUUUCGGACCUGUGGCACGAAACGGAUCUACAGCCUUCUGGAAUCUCAUCCGAACAUCGUCACCCUUUCGAUUCAAGUAGGUGCGCUGUCAAAUCUGCAGGCGGAGUUUGAGGAGUCAGUCUUCGCUCUGGCAAGAGCCCUCCAAGUCCCCACUGGUCGUCCCUUGCAAGAAGUGUGCGAGCAGUUCAAACCUCAAGCGCCGAUCUUCAGAGAGUGCGAUCGUCUCGUGAAGAAGAAAAAGGGCUGGUACAACACGUCCAUGCCAGCGACGCUGGUCGUCACCGACCCCUCAUUCUUUGACCAGCGAAUGCUUGCAUCACGCUGGCCGGGCAAAGUCAAGCUGCUCUUGAUGGUGCGCGAGCCUGCAGACUUCUUAUGGGCAGCCUACAACAUCUGGGCACUGCCGGGAGAGCCGAAGGGGCAAGAGGGCAGGACUGGGAAGACUCACGUCCGAAGCCCUGAGCUUUUCGACGAGUUGGUCUUGGCGGAUGGGAAGAAGGAGGCCUGGGCGCCCAGGGCCAACAAGAUCACAGGGCAGUGGUUCGACCAGAUCAAGAAUCUGAGCGGUGUCUCCGCGAACCUCCUGUUCUUGAAGUCUGAGGAUCUUGCGGCGAAUUUGACCGCAACCUUGGCGAGAAUGGGCUCCUUCUUGGGGGUGAACGCGGCGCUGUUUCCCUACGAGGUGACAGACGGCUAUACCAACUCACUCGCGGCGCGCGUCGCACGGACACAUGUGUAUCAGAUUUCUGGGUGGAGGCCCAUGCUGUGCAGCACGAGGCGCUUCAUCUACUCCAAGACGCGGGAUGUGUGCGAAGAGUUGGAUUCGUUUGGGGUCCACUACAGCGCCUGCCUGGGCGAGCACGACGAAUGCGUGGACCCCAGAAAGGAGGCAAACGCUUCCGCACCAUCGAAUCUGGUGGUCAUCGGAGGGUUUCGGACUUGUGGCACGAAGCGGAUCUACAGCCUUCUGGAAUCUCAUCCCAACAUCGUCACGCUUUCAAUUCAGGUAGGUGCGCUGCCCAAUCUGCACAUGGAGUUCGAGGAGUCAAUCUUCGCACUGGCGAAAGCCCUCCAAGUGCCUACCGGCCGUCCCUUGAUCCAGGUCUGCGACGAGUUUGAAUUCAAAGUGCCGACGUUCACAGAGUGCGAUCGUCUCGUGAAGAAGAUAAAGGGCUCGUACAACACGUCCAUGCCAGCGACGCUGGUCGUCACCGACCCCUCCUUCUUUGACCAGCGAAUGCUUGCAUCACGCUGGCCGGGCAAAGUCAAGAUGCUCUUGAUGGUGCGCGAGCCUGCAGACUUCUUAUGGGCAGCCUACAACAUCUGGGCUCUACCGGCAGAGCCGAAAGUGCAAGAUGGCAGAGCAGAGAUGAAGACUCACGUCCGAAGCCCUGAGCUUUUCGACGAGUUGGUACUGGCGGAUGGGAAGAAGGAGGCCUGGGCGCCCAGGGCCAACAAGAUCACCGGUCAGUGGUUCGACCAGAUCAAGAAUUUGAGCGGCGUCUCCGCGAACCUCCUGUUCUUGAAGUCUGAGGAUCUUGCCGUCAACUUGAAUGCAACCUUGGUCCGCAUGGGCUCCUUCUUUGGCGUGAACGCGGCGCUGUUUCCUUACGAGGUGACGGACGGCUAUGCCAACUCACUCGCUGCGCGUGUCGCACGGACACCGGUGUAUCCGAUUUCUGGGUGGAGGCCCAUGCUGUGCAGAACGAGGCGCUUCAUCUACUCCAAGACGCGGGAUGUGUGCGAAGAGUUGGAUUCGUUUGGGGUCCACUACAGCGCCUGCCUGGGCGAGCACGACGAAUGCGUGGACCCCAGAAAGGAGGCAAACGCUUCCGCACCAUCGAAUCUGGUGGUCAUCGGAGGGUUUCGGACUUGUGGCACGAAGCGGAUCUACAGCCUUCUGGAAUCUCAUCCCAACAUCGUCACCCUUUCAAUUCAGGUAGGUGCGCUGCCCAAUCUGCACAUGGAGUUCGAGGAGUCAAUCUUCGCACUGGCGAAAGCCCUCCAAGUGCCUACCGGCCGUCCCUUGAUCCAGGUCUGCGACGAGUUUGAAUUCAAAGUGCCGACGUUCACAGAGUGCGAUCGUCUCGUGAAGAAGAUAAAGGGCUGGUACAACACGUCCAUGCCAGCGACGCUGGUCGUCACCGAUCCCUCUUUCUUUGACCAGCGAAUGCUUGCAUCACGCUGGCCGGGCAAAGUCAAGAUGCUCCUAAUGGUGCGGGAGCCCGCAGACUUCUUAUGGGCAGCUUACAACAUCUGGAAGCUGCCAGGCGAGCCGAAAGGUGGGAACCAGGAUGGCAGCGCGGAUGCGAAAACUCACGUCCGAAGUCCUGAGCUUUUCGACGAGUUGGUCUUGGCUGACGGCAAGAAGGAGGCCUGGGCUCCCAGGGCCAACAAGAUCACAGGGCAGUGGUUCGACCAGAUCAAGAAUUUGAGCGGCGUCUCCGCGAACCUGCUGUUCUUGAAGUCAGAGGAUCUUGCGGUCAACUUCAGCGCCACCUUGGCGCGCAUGGGCUCGUUCUUUGGCGUGAACGCGGCGCUGUUUCCUUACGAGGUGACGGAGGGCUACGCGAACUCACUGGCCGUGCGCGUCGCAAGGACACCUUUGUAUCCGAUUUCUGGGUGGAGGCCCAUGCUGUGCAGCACGAGGCGCUUCAUCUACUCCAAGACGCGGGAUGUGUGCGAAGAGUUGGAUUCGUUUGGGAUUCACUACAGCGCCUGCCUGGGCGAGCACGACGAAUGCGUGGACCCCAGAAAGGAGGCAAACUCUUCAGCACCAUCGAAUCUGGUGGUCAUCGGAGGGUUUCGGACUUGUGGCACGAAGCGGAUCUACAGCCUUCUGGAAUCUCAUCCCAACAUCGUCACCCUUUCAAUUCAGGUAGGUGCGCUGCCCAAUCUGCACAUGGAGUUCGAGGAGUCAACCUUCGCACUGGCGAAAGCCCUCCAAGUGCCUACCGGCCGUCCCUUGAUCCAGGUCUGCGACGAGUUUGAAUUCAAAUUGCCGACCUUCACAGAGUGCGAUCGUCUCGUGAAGAAGAUAAAGGGCUGGUACAACACGUCCAUGCCAGCGACGUUGGUCGUCACCGACCCCUCUUUCUUUGACCAGCGAAUGCUAGCAUCACGCUGGCCGGGCAAAGUCAAGCUGCUCUUGAUGGUGCGGGAGCCUGCAGACUUCUUAUGGGCAACCUACAACAUCUGGAAGCUGCCAGGCGAGCCGAAAGGUGGGAACCAGGAUGGCAGCGCGGAUGCGAAAACUCAUGUUCGCAGCCCUGAGCUUUUCGACGAGUUGGUCUUGGCUGACGGCAAGAAUGAGGCCUGGGCACCCCGGGCCAACAAGAUCACUGGCCAGUGGUUCGACCAGAUCAAGAAUGUGAAGGAUGUGUACAGGAACCUCCUGUUCUUGAAGUCUGAGGAUUUGUCGGACGAUCUGCGCGGAACUUUGGCGAGGAUGGGCUCCUUCUUGCGGGUGAACGCAUCACUGUUUCCUCACGAGGUGACGGACGGCUACGCCAACUCCCUCGCUGCGCGCGUCGCGCGGACGCCUCUGUAUCAGAUUUCUGGGUGGAGGCCCAUGCUGUGCAGCACGAGGCGCUUCAUCUACUCCAAGACGCGGGAUGUGUGCGAAGAGUUGGAUUCGUUUGGGGUUCACUACAGCGCCUGCCUGGGAGAGCAUGACGAAUGUGUGGACCCCAGGAAGGAGACAAACGCUUCCACACCAUCGAAUCUGGUGGUCAUCGGAGGGUUUCGGACUUGUGGCACGAAACGGAUCUACAGCCUUCUGGAAUCUCAUCCCAACAUCGUCACCCUUUCAAUUCAGGUAGGUGCGCUGCCCAAUCUGCACAUGGAGUUCGAGGAGUCAAUCUUCGCACUGGCGAAAGCCCUCCAAGUGCCUACCGGCCGUCCCUUGAUCCAGGUCUGCGACGAGUUUCAAUUCAAAUUGCCGACCUUCACAGAGUGCGAUCGUCUCGUGAAGAAGAUAAAGGGCUGGUACAACACGUCCAUGCCAGCGACGCUGGUCGUCACCGACCCCUCUUUCUUUGACCAGCGAAUGCUUGCAUCACGCUGGCCGGGCAAAGUCAAGCUGCUCUUGAUGGUGCGGGAGCCCGCAGACUUCUUAUGGGCAGCUUACAACAUCUGGAAGCUGCCAGGCGAGCCGAAAGGUGGAAGCCAGGAUGGCAGCGCGGAUGCGAAAGCUCAUGUUCGCAGCCCUGAGCUGUUCGACGAGUUGGUCUUGGCGGACGGCAAGAAAGAGGCCUGGGCACCCCGGGCCAACAAGAUCACUGGCCAGUGGUUCGACCAGAUCAAAACCGUCAAGGACGUUUCCGCGAACCUCCUUUUCUUGAAGUUCGAGGACCUUGCGGACACUUUGACCGCAACCUUGGCGAGAAUGGGCUCGUUCCUGGGGGUGAACGCAUCGCUGUUUGCUUACGAGGUGACGGACGUCACCAAUUCCCUGGCCUCGCGUGCCGUCGCACAGAUGCCUCUGUAUCAGAUUUCCGGGUGGAGGCCUAUGCUAUGCAGCACGAGGCGCUUCAUCUACUCCAAGACGCGUGAUGUUUGCGAAGAGUUGGAUUCCUUUGGGGUUCACUACAGCUCCUGCCUGGGAGAGCAUGACGACUGCGUGGACCCUGCGCCUGGAUCAUCUAGGAUGUCUAUGCCGAACAGCAUUCCGUACUUGCCAUCCUUGCCGUUGAAGGAAUCUGCACCAUCGAACUUGGUUGUUGUCGGCGGAUUUCGGACAUGUGGCACAAAGCGCAUCUACGACAUGCUGGAAGCUCAUCCGAACAUCCUCACCCUUUCAAUUCAAGUUGGUGCGCUGCUCAAUCUGCAGCUGGAGUUUGAGGAGUCAGUCUUCGCUCUGGCAAAAGCGCUGCAAGUCCCCACUGGUCGUCCCCUGAUACAGACUUGUGACCAGUAUAAGCCACAUCAGCCGCAGACCUUCAAAGAAUGUGACCGUCUCGUGAACAAGAUCAGGGGCUCGUACAACACGUCCAUGCCAGCGACACUGGUCGUCACAGACCCCUCCUUCUUUGACAAGGGAAUGCUUGCAUCGCGCUGGCCUGGUAAAGUCAAGUUGGUCUUCGUGGUGCGCGAGCCAGCAGACUUCUUAUGGGCAGCUUACAACAUUUGGGUGUUGCCAGGGGAGCCGAAAGGACAAGAUGGCCAGACUGGGACGAAGACUCACGUCCGAAGCCCUGAGCUUUUCGACGAGUUGGUACUGGCGGAUGGCAAGAAGGAGGCCUGGGCGCCCAGGGCCAACAAGAUCACCGGUCAGUGGUUCGACCAGAUCAAGAAUCUGAAGGAUGUCUCCGCGAAGCUCCUGUUCUUGAAGUCAGAGGAUCUUGCGAAGACUUUGAGUGCAACCUUGGCGAAGAUGGGCUCUUUCUUCGGAGUGGAUGCCGCGCUAUUUCCCUACGAGGUGACGGACGGCUACAUCAACUCUGUCGCUGCGCGCGUCGCACGGACGCCCCUGUAUCAGAUUUCCGGGUACAGGCCCAUGCUGUGCAGGACGAGGCGCUUCAUCUACUCCAAGACGCGUGAUGUCUGCGAAGAGUUGGAUUCGUUUGGGGUUCACUACAGUGCCUGCCUGGGAGAGAUUGACGAAUGCGUGGACCCCGCAAAGAAGGCAAACUAUUCCGCACCAGCGAAUCUGGUUUUGAUCGGAGGAUUUCGGACUUGUGGCACGCAACGAAUCUACGACAUGCUGAAUUCUCAUCCGAACAUUGUCACCAUUUCAAUUCAAGUUGGUGCGCUGCCAAAUCUGCAACUGGAGUUUGAGGAGUCAGUUUUCGCUCUGGCAAAAGCGCUGCAAGUGCCUACUGGCCGUCCGUUGAUACAGGUUUGUGACGAGUUUCAAUUCAAAGUGCCGACUUUCAUAGAAUGUGAUCGUCUCGUGAACAAGAUCAGGGGCUCGUACGACACGUCCAUGCCAGCGACACUGGUCGUCACAGACCCCUCCUUCUUUGACAAGGGAAUGCUCGUCUCUCGUUGGCGGGGCAAAGUGAAGUUGCUUCUCGUGGUGCGCGAGCCAGCAGACUUCCUAUGGGCAGCUUACAACACUUGGGUGCUUCCCGGAGAGCCGAAAGGCGGAGGUCAGGAUGGCAAGACGGUCGUGAAAACUCAUGUCCGCAGCCCUGAGCUGUUCGACGAGUUGGUAUUUGCGGACGGCAAGAAAGAUGCCUGGGCGCCCAGGGCCAACAAGAUCACUGGCCAAUGGUUCGACCAGAUCAAAACUGUGAAGGAUGUCUCCGCGAACCUCCUGUUCUUGAAGUUCGAGGAUCUUGUGGGCAAUUUGGCCGGAACCUUCUUGCCAAAGCUGGGCUCUUUCUUGGGAGUGAGUGCAUCGCUCUUUCCCUACGAGGUGACGGUCGGCUACAUCAACUCGCUCGCUUCGCGCGUCGCGCGGACGCCUCUGUCCCAGAUCUCCGGGUACAGGCCCAUGCUGUGCAGGACGAGGCGCUUCAUCUACUCCAAGACGCGGGAUGUCUGCGAAGAGUUGGACUCCUUUGGGGUUCACUACAGUGCCUGCCUGGGCGAGCAUGACGACUGCGUGGACCCCAGAAAGGAGACAAACUUCUCCGCACCAUCGAAUCUGGUGGUGAUCGGAGGAUUUCGGACUUGUGGCACGCAGCGAAUCUACAACAUUCUGAGAACUCAUCCGAACAUUGUCACAUUUUCAAUUCAAGUUGGUGCGCUGCCCAAGCAACAAUUGGAGUUUGAGGAGGCAGUCUUUGCCCUGGCAAAAGCGCUGCAAGUGCCUAGUGACCGUCCUUUGAUGCAGGUUUGUGACGAGCUUCAGUUCAAAAUCCCGACUUUCAUAGAAUGUGAUCGUCUCGUGAACAAGAUCAGGGGCUCGUACGACACGUACAUGCCAGCGACACUGGUCGUCACAGACCCCUCCUUCUUUGACAAGGGAAUGCUUGCAUCGCGCUGGGCGGGCAAAGUCAAGCUGCUCUUCGUGGUGCGCGAGCCCGCCAACUUCUUAUGGGCAGCGUACAACACUUGGACGCCACGAGUGGCAGACGAUAACGGUUUGCAAGGGCUCGGGAAGACUGUCCGCAGCCCUGAGCGUUUCAACACGUUGGUCUUGGACGGCAAGAAAGAUCCCACCAAGAUCAUCGGGAAGUGGUUCGACCCGAUCAAGAAUCUGAAGGAUGUCUCCGCGAACCUCAUGGUAUUGAAGUUCGAGGGCUUCUCAGACAACUUGACCACGAACUUGGCGAAGAUGGGCUCGUUCUUCGGAGUAAACCCGUUGCUGUUUCAUGACGAGGUGGCGGAUAGCUACACCAGCUCGCUCGCUGUGGGAGUUCCGCGGACACCUAUGUAUCAAAUUUCCGGGUGGAGGCCUAUGCUGUGCAGCACGAGGCGCUUCAUUUACUCCAAGACGCGAGAUGUUUGCGAAGAGUUGGAUUCCAUCGGGGUUCACUACAGCGCCUGCCUGGGAGAGCAGGACGACUGCGUGGACCCCCCGCGUAAUUCCUCUUUUCCGCCGAGGCCGCCGCCCAAGCCUCGGCCUUUAACGCCGAGCCAGAAAGGAAGCUUGGGAGUCCAAUACCAGGCGUUUGCUAGCGGCUUGCCAACCAUGAUGUGGAACGGCACAGUAGCGCCUGGUGUCAAACAGAGUGUGGCUUCGAUGGUCGAGAGCUCUCCGAGAGCUGCGGAAAUACCAAUUUUCGUGGUGGGCCUGACGUUUGGUGGGAUCAUCGCCCGCUUGAUGAAGAGCCGUUGA